AUGGCCUCUCCUUUAAUCAUGAAGUCGGCCGCUCCCACAGCAAAUCUAUCACCUGAGAUCGCCAGAGAACCAGCAAAAAAGAAACAAAAAGUGGUUCCAGGGCUGGAACCCGGGUACUUUGCCUCACAGAAGUCGUUCACAUCCGAGUAUUUCCCCUUGGAGAGCCCUAUAGGGUAUGGGGGGAAAAUUCCUACCACUAUUCCCCUAGCAGCAGUGAUCUGGAGAGACUACUGCAAUGGCACAAAGGAAACCUUGGACCCCAUCAAAAUCGACAUGUACAGCGGUGAGCCUGGCAUCCAAUUCGAUUAUAAACGCCUUAACGAGAUGAUUUUCAACUUCCCCAAGGAUUUGCCUGAAAAGUUCACCGAUGCUUUUGGGGAAUUGGCAGCCGCUCGUGUCCGCUACUUUGCAACACAUGAGGUUUACAGGAAAGAAACGACGGCUCUGACAGAGUCAAUUGCUAUUUUCGAGCAACUCAACACGAAACGACGGGAUAUCCACUCCAAUCCGGGUCAUUAUGAGCCGCAUGCCGCAGAGAACACCAUUCUUGCACUGAAACGGUGUAUUGCAGAACGCAACCAUCAAGAAGAGCAGUGUCAAAAAAGAGGAGGUUCCCUCCAAUUUUUUGCCGAGAAAUUCGUCGAAGCAAAGGAAAAGGCAGCACCCUUCAGGGAUCAACUCCAGAAAUUUUAUGACGAUAUCGAAGAAGCCCACAGUAAGGCGAAGGAAGCCGAAGCCAAGAGACUAGAGCAAGAGAAGGUCGAGAAAGAAAAGAGCCAGAAAGCAAAAGCCGAAAAGGAGAAAUUGGCCAAGCAGAAACGUUCCGGGGAUAAGGUCAAGAAGGAGAGACGUCAAAGGACCGAUGCAGCUACGAAAGCACGUUUGGACCAUGACGCCAGAGCUUGGGCCGAGUAUCUGGCAAGGAGCGAACGCAUGCGGAACGGAGUCAAUGAUGCUGCUAAACAACACGGUGGAAAGCAGCUCCCCCCCAGCACACACAUAAAAAAAAAAAAGAAAGAAAGAAAGAAAGAAAGAAAGAAAAAGAAGGAUUUGACACCGAAGUCACAACACGGAGUCAGGUAUGCAGGUAAAAUUUUUUCAUUUUGUGGGAAACACUGGAUCUCAUUUGGCGUUGGUUUUGCAUUGAUUCAAUUGGGGAUAUGGAAAUGGAGAAAGAUUGACGAAAGGAAAAGAAAAAAGGAGAAAAAAAUAAUAAAAAAAGUAACCGCCGGACAGGGAGAGGGAAAUUGA